CAUCGCCGGGCAUCCCUGGGUCACGGCGGGCUCCCGCUGCCAGCCCUUGUUGGGAAGCAGCUGAGCAGAGCUGCGGGCAGCCCCGAGGAUGCUCCGGAGCUGCUGGCCGUGCUCGGAGCACGGGGAGAUCUGAGCUCCAUCCUCCUCUGCGAGGAGCGGGGAUCCCUCUGCCCUGCCCGGCUGCGCCUUCCAGGAGCGACUUCAGCAGCUCAAAGGAAGCAGCGAGGUCUGAAAUGUUCGUAUGGACAGCAGCCCGUGGGCUCAGAGAUGGAUUCACCAGAAGGGGCCACCAUUAGAAGUGAGCAAAAAUUCAGAAAAUUCUUGAAAAGCCUCAUAAGAAAGCAGCCUCGGGACCUUCUCCUGGUAAUUGGGACGGGAGUGAGUGCUGCAGUAGCCCCAGGAAUCCCAGCACUCUGCUCCUGGAGGAGCUGCAUUGAGGCUGUCCUUGGAGCAGCCGAGCAGCUGGAGGUGCUGCACCCCGGCGAUGUCGCUGAAUUCCGUAAGAAAGUAAUGAAAGAGAGAGACCUGCUCGUGGUUGCACAUGAUCUCAUCAGGAAGAUGUCACCACGUACCGGGGACACGAAGCCCAACUUCUUCCAGGAUUGUUUAAUGGAGGUGUUCGAUAAUUUAGAACAACACAUUCAGAACCCUGUGGUUCUGCAAUCCAUCCUGAGGCUCAUGGAGAGAGGCACAAUGGUUCUCACUACAAACUAUGAUAAUCUGCUUGAAAUAUUUGGUCAGCAACUGGGUAAACCUAUGGAAUCUUUAGACCUUAAAGAUAAGGAUAAGGUUCUUCAGUGGGCAAGGGGCCAUAUAAAAUACGGAGUUCUUCAUAUUCACGGCUUAUAUACGGAUCCCUGUGGAAUGGUGCUUGAUCCCUCGGGAUACAAAGAUGUUACUCAAGAUCCUGAAGUCAUGGAGGUUCUUCAGAACUUGUACCGAACCAAGUCUUUUUUGUUUUUGGGCUGUGGAGAGACUCUGCGUGACCAGAUAUUCCAAGCUCUUUUUCUUUACACAGUAAAGAACAAAGUUGAUCUAGAACAUUACAUGUUGGUGCUUAAAGAAAAUGAAGACCACUUUUUUAAGCUUCAGGCAGAUAUGCUGCUGCAUGGAAUAAAAGUAGUGUCCUAUGGGGACUGCUUCCAACAAUUCCCAGAAUAUGUCCAGGAUCUGACUGCUCAAAUCUGCAAAGAGAGAAGUCCAGAUGCUGAUCAGGUGGACAGCACAACGCUGUUGGGAACAUCAUGUGUGGACUGUGCUAAAAGGAAGUUAGGAGAAAGUGGCACAGAUUCUCCCAAGAGGAUCAAGCAGUCAGAUAUGCCCACUCUUGAAUGAAAAAACCCUAAACACCCAAGGCCCACUCCAGAAGCUUUUUAACAGUAGGUGUUUACAUCUGCUGCAUGGAAAGUUUUGAGCUGAUAUUGUAAUGAUUUUGAGCGGAAUAAAAUUGUACAUACUAGG